CUUGCAGCUUCAAUCAUUUACCCAUCUAAACCAUCCAAACCCAUCCUACUUCCCCAUCCGUAUAAUCAAUUUAAUCAUCUACAUCUAUACAUCCACAUUUUAUUAUUGUAGUGAACAUCUUGAGUUUACCAUCUAUACUCCAUGGUGUUACUACUGUAUUGUCAGACAUAACAGUAGAGCAUCACCAUGGCUCGAAUAUCCCGCCUAAUCGCGGGCGCCUUGCUGCUAGUCAGCAGCGUCGCGGCCGAUGAGCUCUACACACCCAAACACGAAGCCGGACGAUGCGCCAUGCGAGGACAUUGCGGAAAGAAGAGCUUUUUCGGAAAGCAACUACCAUGCGUCGAUAACGAACUAGCUACUACUCCCGAUCCCGAAUUCGCGCAGGAUCUCGAGGCGCUGUGCGGUCCGAAAUGGAAGGAUAGUAAGGUCUGCUGCAACGCUGACCAGCUGAGCGCGCUCAAAUCCGAGAUGUCCACACCGAACCAGAUCAUCGGCUCCUGUCCCGCGUGCAAGGACAACUUCUACAACCUCUUCUGUUCCUUCAGUUGCUCGCCCGACCAAUCCUUAUUCAUCAACGUAACGAAAACGGUCGAGAAGAAUGGAAAGACUUUAGUCGCCGAGGUAGACCAAUUAAUAUCGAAAGAAUACGGCGAGGGCUUCUACGAUAGUUGUAAGGAGGUCAAAUUCGGCGCUUCGAACUCCAAAGCCAUAGACUUUAUUGGGGGUGGCGCGAAGAACUACUCCCAACUUCUAAAGUUCCUCGGCGACGAGAAGCCUAUUGGAUCUCCCUUCCAGAUCAACUUCCCCCUUGAAUACUCCGAACCGGGCAUGGCACCGAGAGAAAUGAAGCCGAAGAAGUGUAAUGACGAAGAUCCGAACUUCCGGUGUUCAUGCGUUGACUGUCCCGCCGUAUGUCCGGAACUUCCGGCUGUGGAGCGAGCAGGUUCAUGUCGAGUCGGUGUGCUCCCCUGUUUGUCAUUCGCGUCUAUAUUCACCUAUGGUGUAUUGCUAUUUACGCUUAUCAUCGCCUUGGUCGGCCAUGUCGCUUGGAUGAAACAUGCCCAGCGACGGAGUGAACGCCUCCAUCUGCUCCAGGCUGCCGAACCGAGUGACGAUGAGGAUGAGGGUGAUCUUGUUCGUAAUGGGGCUAUGUAUGACCAGCCCCAGAGGAAUUACGUGAUCAAUACAUGGUGUGAUACCGCUUUCAGCAAGUUGGGUCAUCUCUGCGCAAGAUUUCCCGGAAUCACUAUAUUCCUCAGUCUAUUAGUCGUCAUUAUUUUUAGUGUCGGAUGGGUCAAAUUCGAGGUUGAAAAAGAGCCUGCAAAAUUAUGGGUUAGCCCAGACUCGGCGGCAGCCCAGGAGAAGGCAUUCUUCGACGAGAACUUCGGUGCUUUCUAUCGCGCACAGAAGGUGUUCCUCGUGAACGAUACCCAGUCAUCUGGCCCUGGCCCGGUACUCAGCUACGACACUCUAAAGUGGUGGUCAGAGGUUGAGGAUAGCGUGAAGAAGCUCAAGGGGUCAGACUUCGGUACUACUUUCCAAGAUGUAUGCUUCAAGCCUACCGGGCCUGCUUGUGUAGUCCAGUCCCCAACUAUCUAUUUCGACGGUACUAAGGACUGGAAAUCACAAUUUAAGGAGUGCGCCGAAUCCCCUGUGAACUGCCGUCCGGAUUUCGGGCAACCGAUAGAGCCGAACAUGAUUCUGGGAGGGUUUGAUAGUAUUGAUAAUAUUACCGAAGCAAAAGCAAUCACAGUAACAUGGGUUGUCAACAAUCACCCCGAGGGUAGCUCGGAACUUGCUCACGCCACAGACUGGGAACGAUCCUUGAAGAAUCGACUUCUAGAAGCUCAAAAGGAAGCGGCGGAUCGAGGUCUACGGCUUUCUUUCUCGACUGAAAUUAGUUUAGAGGAAGAGCUAAACAAGUCUACCAACAGUGAUGCAACGAUCAUUGUCAUCAGCUAUCUCGUCAUGUUCCUUUAUGCUUCAUUCGCAUUGGGUUCGACCAGCAUGACUAUCCGAGAACUGAUUAGGAACCCAGCCGUUGCCUUAGUACAGAGCAAGUUCACCCUGGGUCUCGUCGGUAUUCUGAUUGUCCUGAUGUCGAUCACUUCAUCUAUAGGACUGUUUUCAUGGGCGGGUAUCAAGGCCACCCUUAUCAUCGCCGAGGUUAUCCCCUUUAUUGUGUUGGCUGUGGGUGUGGACAACAUCUUCCUCAUCGUCCAUGAGUUUGAGCGUGUCAACCUAAGUCACCCCGACGCUAUGGUAGAAGAGAGGAUAGCCAGAGCACUCGGUCGUAUGGGACCUUCCAUUCUUUUCUCCGCUAUCACUGAGACAGUUUCUUUUGCUCUUGGUGCGUUCGUCGGGAUGCCAGCUGUGAGAAAUUUCGCAGUUUACGCUGCUGGUGCGGUAUUCAUUAACGCACUCCUUCAAAUGACACUCUUUAUUUCUAUUUUAUCUUACAACCAGAUGCGAACAGAGGAUCACAGAGCGGACUGCUUCCCUUGUGUUCAAGUCAAGGCAGCCCGCGUUCACUUAAGUGGUAGCAACGGCCCUGGUGGCCCUCGCCCAUACGACAUACCAGAUGAAACCUGGUUACAGCAAUUUAUUCGAAAAUAUUACGCACCUGCUAUACUCGGGAAGAAGGUCAAGGUUCUUAUCGUCGCUGUUUUCCUCGGUCUUCUCGCUGCGGGUGUUGCUUUAAUUCCGUAUGUCAAACUUGGUUUAGAUCAACGGGUUGCUUUACCUGACGAUUCUUAUCUCAUUGAUUACUUCAAUGAUAUGUAUAACUACUUGGAUACUGGCCCGCCUGUAUACUUCGUCACCAAGAACUUGAACACGACACAACGUGAUAACCAGCGAGACCUUUGCUCUCGCUUCACAACUUGCGAUCAAUUUUCUCUCACGAAUGUGCUCGAGCAAGAGCGCAAGCGACCCGACGUUUCUUACAUCUCUUCCCCAACCGCCAGCUGGCUCGACGACUAUUUCCUCUGGUUAAACCCGGACUUUGAGAGCUGCUGCAAGGAGAACCGCAAAGUCUGUUUCUCUGACCGGGACCCCACUUGGAACAUUACUCUUCAUGGUAUGCCAGAGGGUGAUGAGUUUAUUCAUUACCUGGAGAAAUACUUACAAUCUCCCACAACCGACGAUUGCCCUCUAGCCGGUCAGGCAUCUUAUAGCCAAGCGGUCGUUGUCGACGCUGAAAGGCUUACAAUUCCAGCCAGUCAUUUCCGCACUAUGCACAAGCCUUUGCGUAGCCAAGAUGAUUUCAUCAACGCCUACGCAUCGGCACGUCGCAUCGCCAAUGAUGUCAGCGCCAACACAGGUGUUGAGAUCUUCCCCUACAGUGUCUUCUACAUUUUCUUCGAUCAAUAUGCCAGCAUCGUCAAUCUGACCGGCACGCUACUUGGCUCUGCCGUGGCCAUCAUCUUCGUCGUAUCCUCCAUUCUUCUAGGUUCACCCGUCACCGCGCUUGUUGUGACUCUAACGGUCGUCAUGACAGUGGUGGACAUCAUCGCCGCUAUGGCCGCCUUCAACGUAUCCCUCAACGCCGUCUCACUCGUCAACCUUAUCAUCUGCGUUGGCAUAGCUGUUGAGUUCUGCGCCCACAUCGCCCGCGCAUUUACUUUCCCCUCGGGUGCCGUCAUGGAGCGCGCCAAGAACCGCUUCCGUGGCCGCGACGCUCGCGCCUGGACCGCCCUUGUCAAUGUGGGCGGAUCCGUUUUCUCCGGUAUCACCAUAACCAAGUUACUCGGCGUCUGUGUCCUAGCCUUCACGCGAUCCAAGAUCUUCGAAAUCUACUAUUUCAGAGUCUGGCUUGCCCUCGUCAUCCUAGCCGCCGCUCACGCUCUUAUCUUCCUCCCUGUCGCGCUAUCACUAAUCGGUGGAGGCGGAUACGUUGAUCCAGAGAGCGAGGGGGGACUUGUCGAAGACCUUGCUAAUAGGAGGUACCGCGCUCUCGUCCCGGAUGAUGUUAGUGAUUCCGACGAUGAUGACGACUAAAUUCAACACUGGAGGGAAGAAAUAGCCCAAAAGGGAAGAGGAAAGGGGAAGACCAGAGAAGUAGAAUAGUAAUUGUAACAUAAGGAUCAACGGAACUACAUGGGAGUCAAGCGUAUGCAUUUCGCUUUUUUGGAGUACCUAUGGUGAUAGAGGGAUCGAUA